AUGUCGAACUCACUCCUCAUAGACACCUACGAUAUCAUUCAUAUUCGAAAACAACUCAGGGUGUAUUGCGGUGAACCGGACGCGCUACGCUCAGGUCUACGCCAGUUCGGCGCACUUAUCAGCGGAGAUAUGGUAUACGCCCUGGCCUUCCACGGCAGCACCAGACACCGCCACGUCUCGAAUAGGUCAUUAACGAUUUAUGUCCCGCCCGGGCGAGCGGCAUGGUUCUUGCAAUUCUUUCGGUCAGAGAAGUACUUUCGAGUUUGUCAAGCCGUAAAUGACCACGGGACGGGCGAUAUCCCAUACCUCGAGGAGCUCGAUAUUCAUGAACAUGAGUAUCGAUUGGGCGAGAGAGGGCUCGCCACCGUCACCUACCUCGUAGACAGGCGGGGUCGUCGUGUCGAUGUCAUCGAAGCAGACGAAGGCGCAUCAAGCUAUCCACUCGCACACGCGAACACCACCAUCGAACAGUCGUUCGCCACCGCCGACUCCAUAUGCAUCGCCCACCCCAAACUCAUGCUCACUGCACGAGCCAUCGGCAACCUGCGAACGUUCCCCAUUGGAUCAGCGGAACCCCACCAACUGUGGUCCCUGUUUGUCCUCAGGGGAUUCUCGAUGCGCUUCUGGCGAGGGGAGCGACAGAGUGGGCCACAUGGGCCGGAAAUGACACGGAUGAUUGAGGGCCGGAGGUCGUUCUUUGAUGCACACUGUUUCGUACUCCGGUAUGAUGACGGCGAGGACGAAGCGUACUAUAAUGCAGCAACGUGGGACUGGGUGAACUCUAUCACGAGCCCACACCGAAUGGACAGCGGGCCAUCAGUGUAG